UAUAACAAGUAUAGCUUUAAGAAUGCUUUUAUGCUGCUUGUUUCAGAUGAAUUCUCAGAGAAGUUUGCUAUAUAUAAGAUUUUUUUAUUGCUUAAUUUCUUUUCCAAGUAUAAUCAAGUGCAAUUAUAUUCUAAUAGCAGGAAUAUAAUAAUCUUCUUAAUGCUCUUAAGCUUAUUCAGAAUGUAUAUUCUAUUCCAGAGUGCUACUAACUCUGUUGCUCAGUUUAUAAGAAUAAUAGUUAAACUUCUA